UGUCGGGACUUGUGUUUGGAGUACCAAUCUUAGUAACAACUAUACACAGGCCCCGACAGUCUACGCUCACCUCAGCUCUAUUCCUCAGUUUCAACAACAUCGUUCCGCUUCCAUGUUCUGGAGAUUCGGAUUUCACAACACAUCCUCCAUCGACAGUCUACUGGACAAGGAUGAUGUUUCAUUAGAGGCAAUUCUAGACGAAGACGAUCUACUACAGGAAUGCAAGUCACAGAACACGCGGCUCAUCGACUACUUUCAGCGUGUAGACGUCCUGAAAAGACUUCUGGGGUAUGUGACUGGUCAGAUUCCAGGCGAAGAGGAACGAGGACGGUUCAAGUAUCCGUAUGUCGCUACAGAAGUUCUCUGCAGUGAAAUAUGGUCGAUAGUAGAAACCUGCGUCAACUCGUCAGACCAGCUGCUGACACCGUUCUGGGAAACGGUUCUCGACAAGUCUCCUGAAGAGAUGAAGACAGAGAUGGUCAUGGCUUCUCACUUUGCCAAGAUUAAUGCUGUCUUUCUCACCAAGAAGCCGGCGGAGAUGCUCGCCUUCAUCCAAUCCCAACCAUAUGUCGUGGAGCGCCUUUUGCGACACGUCGAGACGCCAUCCGUAGUUGACCUUAUUGUCCGCAUCAUUCAGCUGGACGAAGUCCCAGGUGGUGCAGGGGUUCUUGAAUGGCUUUCGUCGGAGAACCUCAUGGGCAGAUUGGUUGAGCUGCUUUCCCCGGCGCACACCAGCGACAUGCACACAGUGGUUUCAGAAUUGAUCAAGGGGAUACUGUCCAUGGCUACUGCGUCACCUGCACCGGGACUUACGGAUGGUCUGCAGAAUGGAGUUGCUUCGAAUCUUUUUUCCAGGGAGCUGGCACGGCCCGAGAGCGUUUCAACAUUAACCGAUUACAUAUUAAGCGAUUUCAGUCCAUUAGCCGAAGCUGAAGGCCAGAAAGCGAUCCAUGAUGAUGAUUCUACUGAUCAUUGUAGUUCCUCCACCCCAGAGCUCCCAAAUCUCGACACCUCCCUCUCUUCUGUUGUCCACUCGAUAUCUGUGGUCAUUGAACUUAUUCGGAAAAACAAUUCAGAUUAUUUCGAACCAUACCUCUUUCAUACCCUGCGAAAUCGGCUAAUUCAUAUUCAACAACAGCUGGCAGGGGCUGAAAAUGGGCGCGCGAAGCUUGAGGAGUCCAUGAAGGAGAUGUCGGACAGAAUGGGUGUGGUUCACCUAGGCCCCUUGCUAGAGAUUAUGGGCGAACGACUCGCGAUCUUCGAGAAAUAUCUUCGUCGACCACGAUCUUUGGUGAGUCCGUCGGAUAUCACUCGAACUCUCGAUAUAACCUUUCCCCCUCAGCAAGGUCCCAUACCCACAACUGUAGGUGUGAUCACGCCUCUCACCUUCGAACGAUUUCGGAUAUGCGAGUUGUAUGCUGAACUCCUGCAUUGCUCCAAUAUGGCCAUAUUAAACCGUCCCGGGGAGUAUAGCGAUCUUUAUGACAAGCAAGGGCGAUUACAAGGCGGGCUAUCAUCUCUGGAGCAUCUUGCUCGUGUAAUUGCAAUUGGUUCCGGAGAUGAAAGAGACCAGGACACAAUGGACGAUAACCAUGACGACGUGGAGCCCGCAUUGGAAUUGCCUGUCACCAACCGAUCACGAGGUUCCUCGCUAUUAGAUUCGGAUGAAGACAUGAGCGAUGAUGAACCUGGCAGCUCGGAUGACGAUGUCCUGGAGGAGAUUAUGAUGGAUGAUCCUCCGAAGCUGCAACAUUCACCAUCAGAAGAUCUUCAGCCACAGGAACCUCCAAUAAUCGUCCCUUCCUCGCUCAAUGCAGCAUCAUUACCUCCACCUGCCGAGAUUGCGGCUCAAGGUACUGGCAAACGGACUUCCAGCAUGACUAGUAGUAGUGAUAGCACCGCAAAAUCUCCCUCUGUACAUUCGCGCAGAAGCUCCAAGCGGAUGGUUAGCACUGAUACUGUGCCAGGUCUCUCGAUAGGGGAGAAAACAAAAAUGCGCUUCUUGGAGGCCAACGUUUUGAGCACCUUAUUGGACCUCUUCUUCGAAUUCCCUUGGAAUAACUUUUUGCACAAUACCGUUUAUGAUUUCAUCCAUCAAAUUCUCACAGGCAGGACUGAUGGAGGACUGAACAAAGAAUUGUCGAUCUCUCUCUUCCGGGAUGCACACAUCAUGCAACGCAUCAUCGAUGGUCAAAAGCGAAAUGAUGCAGAAAGCUCAAAAGCAAAAGGUGUUCGGCUUGGGUACAUGGGCCAUCUGACGCAAGUGGCAGAGGACGUUAUUGGAGCUCUUGAGCAUUAUCCACCCAAUCUCCGGUUAAUCAUCGAACAGUAUGCACCUCAGCCUGCUUGGCAGGAGUACGUGACGGGUCGUUUCAAUGAGACCAAGAAACGGGAUACCAGCCUCCUUGGCGGAGGGAGGCCUACCGUUACCUCAAAUUCACGUGCUGGUGGUAGAUGGACGGUUGACGAGGAAGACAGUGGCUCAUCGUUGAGUGCAGCUGCGACUACAGGUCCUGGAACCACUGGUGAAUUUAGGAGAUCUGUGACCACAAGACCUUCAAGAGCAACGAGUGCUGACUUCGGCCCUGCGCCGAUGGACGACGAGGACGACGACCAUAGUGCUGGACCUCCACAAUUUGCUCGCUACUUGGCUCAAGAGAUGCAUUCGAGGGAGCAGUUUCACUCAUCAUCUGAUGCUUCGGAUGAAGACGAAGAUGAAGACGGCGGAUGGUUGGCUCAAUCGACAUUUGAUUUAGGCAGACCACCCCUUCGGAGAAAUACUGGAAACCAGCAAGAAAUUUCUUCCAGUGGUUUUGACGAUGCAUUCAAUCCUGGCCCCUGCGGCGCUUUGAGGGAGGCGCUUGCUGAUGAUCCUUUCGGGGUCAAAUAUGAGGACGACGAUGGUUUCGGCCCAUUUUCCGAUGCAGCAGCAACCUCCCCAGAUCACUUCAAUUUUUCUUCCUCGAUUUCAUCGUCUUUCUCAUCUGAUGACUCCUUUGACUUUGGAGAUUUCCAGGGCUCAGACGACAGCAUCCAUGACGGUGAGCUUACCCCGACUGCUGGGAGCUGGACUUUGGCAAGUGGUUCAGAAUCAGAAGGGGACGAGUUCGGCAACCCUGGAAACAGCUCGAAUGGAAUGCAUCCGAUAUCGUUGGAUGAUUUGAAUGGUCGACUGGAGUCCGAUAAAAGUAAGGACUGGAGUUAAAAACGGUGUGUUGACAGCGUAUUGUGUGCAUUAUCUUAGGUGAUGCUCUACUGUUCAUGU